AUGGGCGACGUAGCCGAACAGCAGCCGAUGGAGGUGCAGCCCAGCGAAAGCCCGUUCGAGGAGCCAACACCGUCCGAUACCCCGUCAUCCGAUGCACCGCCAUCAUCGACGGGCGCGGUCGCCGACAGCGGGGAGGAGGCCGAAGGCACCAAGGACCCGCAAGCCCCGCCGCCUGCUACGAUUCUUCCUGCAAAUCCGACUGCCGUGCCAGCUGAAUCUGAGGCGGGACGUCCGACCGGCGCUUCGACCGCUACAGGCCUCCCGACGCGCCAAUUCCUCGAUCAGACCAUCGUGCCAAUCUUGCUGCAAGGACUAGGCAGCUUGGCGAAGGAGAGACCAGAGGAUCCGAUCCAGUACCUCGCCGACUUCCUGCUCCGCGAGAGGUCGAACAACGAAGCGCAUCAAACCGGCACAAGAGGUGGAAAAUUGGGUUAUCACCGAUCACGCAAAGAAGAAGAAGAAGAUGCCUGCCGAUGCGCAAAUCGAACUGCUCAAGAAAAUGACGGCACGAAAACAGCCGGUGCCUCGUCAAAUCGUUCGCAUGCAUCCGACGGGCUGCAAAGCUGUCUCAAAGGAAGUCGUAACAAUGAAGACGAAAAUCUAAAAAGGAAAAGGAAAGCGGCUCAAGAACGUGAGAAUGAAGCGGAGGCCAAACGGGUCCGAUUCGAUUCCAGCCAAUUUCCGAAGGUGUUCGAUCGGAACCAAAACAUCGGCGAUCCGUCAUUGGGUGCCGCGAAGAUCCAGCCUGCUGAAUCUGAAUCAAGAUGUGGUGUCAAGGAUCGAUAUCGCCGGCCAUCAACGAACGAGCCGAUGCGCCGUCAUCUAUCGCCUCGCCAGCAGCCAUAUCGUCGGCCAGAAUCGCCUCGCCAUGACGAGAGACGGCGUACACCAGACCCAAGAAAGCUGACUGACAUGGUCGCGGCCAAACUAUGCUAUGACCGUUACCGCGACUUCACGGACAUUGGAACGAUCGACUUCCCCAUGCGCAACCCCAACCUGGGAAUUUUCUCGCCGAUUUUCGAUGCAGUCGACACUGUGAAAGAUAUACAUAUAGAUAAUUGGUCUGCCAUGCCUGUUCGUACGUUGCUCGCCGACAACUCGCAUGAGGCCUACAAAUCUCGCCAGCUGGUUCCACGGACUUGGUUUGGCCCAGUGGUGCAACACGCCAUUAGCGAAAACAACAACAAGGUGCUGUUCUUCAAAAUGAUCACAUGGGUGAACCGGUUUCACGACGCAGCAUUUGAAACUGUCGAUGCCCAGUCACGAGGAGAUAUGUCUCUCUUUGGCACUAGGAAGCCUGCGAAGAUCGUGCAAAUGUCUCGGCUACUACUGUCCCUCGCCGUUGGCCUGGCACACCAGCAAGAGUUCAUCAAGCGCUUUCCGGAGCUUGUUCGCCGCAUGUCGGAAUUUGAGGAUCGGACCUCAUUUCACCUCGGAGAAACGCGUGGUGCUGCAGAGGGGCGUGCACGCGUCAUCGAAAUGCACAUGAAGAAGAGGUCGACCCUGACGUUGGAAGUGAUGAAAGAAUUCUGCGAACUGAAAGAAUACGAAGAAGGGGAUUGGAUCACGAUCUACAACGAGCUGGCUGCCUCCUAUCGGCGAUUUGAGCCGGUGAGUGAGCUGGACCUCCAGACUGAAAUGACCGACGUCUUCGAGGGUCAGCUACAAGUGUCCCACCAUCGGCUCAUCUUCCACGACGAGUACAAAGACAAUCUGAAGAAGGCGCGAUAUGGUGAU